CCACAGCCAGGGUCAGACAUCACGAUUACGCAGAGGAUGCUGAGUGCAUGCACUGGGUCACUAUUAACAUCUUUGGUAGUAACACCUUUUGAUGUGGUGCGAAUUAGGCUGCAACAACAACAACUGCUUUUUCCUCCCCAUUUCCGCCAAACUGCAACUUGUUGUAAGAAAGUGUUUUGGGAGGAUGCUACACGACCAAGCAAAGACUAUUUUUGCUCAAGCAACGCAUGUGCACAAGAACUCAAGAUUAAUGGCACGUUUUCGGGACUUUCAAAAAUUGCUGUCAACGAAGGAGUUUUCACUCUUUAUAGAGGGUUGUCUCUGAUGCUUAUUAUGGCAGUUCCAUCUAAUAUGGUUUACUUCAGCGGGUAUGAGUACUUGCGAGAUAGAUCUCCUUUGAAAAAUCAAUUCCCGAUUUUCAAUCCUCUGCUUUGCGGUUCCUUCGCGCGAAUUAUGGCUGCAACAGUGGUAGCCCCAUUAGAACUGAUAAAAACUAGGCUCCAGGCUGUUCCCACAUCAAGCUCAACGUCCUCCGAGAUCAUGAAGAUGGUCGUUACAAACUCGUUCAAAGAAGUGCAAAAUAAAGGAUUUUUCUCUCUUUUCAAAGGGUUGCAACUGACACUUUGGCGCGAUGUUCCAUUCAGUGGAAUAUACUGGUCCUCUUACGAAUACUUGAACGACAGAUUACAACGGCUGCAAAUUUUCAGCUCGCCAGACCACCAGCAUGCCGAAAUAUUUGCUAGGUCGUUUAUUAGCGGCUCUCUGUCUGGCGUGCUGGCAGCAAUUUUCACCAAUCCUUUUGACGUUGGGAAAACACGCCUUCAAGUAUCUUUGGAAGAUGCCGGGUCCUUGAACAAGCAGGUGAACUCAAAAAGCACCAAAGAAUCGAUGUUCAAAUCGUUGCAUACCAUCUAUAAAAACGAGGGCAUGAGCUCGCUCUUUGUGGGUCUAGCUCCACGAUGCCUGAAAAUUGCGCCUUCGUGUGCUAUAAUGAUCUCCACAUACGAAAUCAGCAAAAAAUUAUUUGCAGACAUGUUAUAAGACGCCUUUGUCUGCCUAAAGCAGCUACCAUCCUUCGCCUGCACGAGACUUCAAAACGCUAGGUAUGCGGAUCCCUAGCCUUCCCGGCAUUGCAAGACUUUGGGAGGAGCCGGGCGGAUCAUUUAAUCCCUGCUUGGAAUAGGAACACACACUUGAAUGUUGGGUGUGUUCGUUUUUCAGUUGAGACCCACAAUCUGGACAUUUGAGAGGCUGAGUCUGCAACGUCCCCAGUUCUUCUUUGAGUUCAUGGCCAGUCAGAUGCUCAGUGCUUGCUCGAACUUCAGUUGGGCCAGUCAAGUUGGUUAAAUUCAAGUAUUUCUUCUUGUUGCCUCCAGCAGGCUUGACACUUUCUGCUCGGCCCUUGUAUUGAUUCUCCUUAUUCUCGG